CGGUUAAACAUCCAGAGGCGGAGUGAAAAGAAUAUUCAUGGCAGCCAGACGCUAAUUGACAGAAUCACAGGAUAGGAAAUAAAGAUAAAGGAUUGUUUCUAUAUGCCCGUACGUUUCACGUUGCGAAGGGUCAGGAGUCGGGACCCGUCGGGAACUCUUUGCUGUGGCAUGCUUUGAAACAAACAGAAGUCGAAGAGAAAUGGGUGAUAAAUAAGCAGAAAAAAUUAUCUCUUUAUCCGUCUCUGUCGCUUCCCAAAUUAGGAGUUUCUUGUUCUUUCUUUCUUUCUUUUUAAGUCUAUUCAUUCUGGGUAGUUCAAGAACCGUGGAAAGUGUUCGUUCGGGAGUGUAGAAAGUGUAGGAAACCGCAAUGUCGAUACCGAAGGAGCCGGAGCAGGUGAUGAAGCUGAGAGGGGGAUCAGUCCUGGGUAAGAAGACCAUUCUCAAGAGCGACCAUUUUCCUGGCUGCCAGAACAAACGCUUGUCUCCCCAGAUCGACGGUGCUCCCAAUUAUCGUCAGGCCAACUCAUUACGUGUCCAUGGUGUUGCAAUCCCAAUGAUUGGUGGAAUCCGCAAUGUUCUAAAGCAUAUUGGGGCUCAAGUAGAUGGCAAGCAAGCACAAGUUCUUUGGAUUAACCUUCGUGAGGAACCAGUAGUGUACAUCAAUGGGCGCCCCUUCGUUUUGCGUGAUGUGGAACAGCCCUUCUCUAACCUUGAGUAUACGGGAAUUAACAGGGCUAGGGUUGAACAAAUGGAAGCUCGAUUGAAAGACGAUAUCUUGAUGGAAGCUGCAAGAUAUGGAAAUAAGAUCCUUGUCAAUGAUGAGCUUCCAGAUGGUCAUAUGGUGGACCAGUGGGAACCUGUGUCUUGUGAUUCUGUAAAGACACCAUUGGAGGUGUAUGAGGAACUGCAAGUAGAGGGGUUCCUUGUUGACUAUGAACGUGUUCCUGUAACUGAUGAAAAAUCACCAAAGGAGGCAGAUUUUGAUUGUUUGGUUCAUAAAAUUUCUCAAGCUGACAUAAACACAGAGAUCAUUUUCAACUGUCAAAUGGGACGUGGACGUACUACAACUGGGAUGGUGAUUGCAACUUUGAUAUAUUUUAACCGAAUUGGAGCUUCUGGUAUUCCAAGAACAAAUUCCAUUGGGAGAGUUUGCGACUUGGGGGCUAACGUUGUUGACCAUUUGCCAAAUUCAGAAGAGGCAAUUCGUAGAGGAGAAUAUGCAGUCAUAAGAAGCUUGAUUCGGGUAUUAGAGGGUGGUGUUGAAGGGAAAAGACAGGUGGAUAGAGUCAUUGACAAGUGUGCAUCAAUGCAGAACUUACGUGAAGCAAUUGCCACUUAUCGCAAUAGUAUUCUGCGUGAGCCAGAUGAGAUGAAAAGGGAGGCGUCACUUUCAUUUUUUGUGGAAUACUUGGAAAGAUACUACUUUCUUAUAUGCUUUGCUGUAUAUAUUCAUUCAGAGAGAGAAUUUCUCCGUUCUAGUUCAUUUGGUCAUAGCACUUUUUCUGACUGGAUGAGAGCAAGGCCAGAACUGUAUAGCAUCAUUCGCAGAUUGCUCAGGAGAGAUCCAAUGGGAGCACUUGGAUAUGCAACUUUAAAGCCAUCGCUGAUGAAGAUUGCUGAAUCCAAUGACGGCCGCCCUCGUGAGAUGGGUGUAGUUGCUGCCCUGAGAAAUGGAGAGGUCCUUGGGAGUCAAACUAUUCUAAAAAGUGACCAUUGUCCUGGUUGUCAAAACCAAAGCUUACCAGAGAGAGUGGAGGGUGCGCCUAAUUUUAGAGAAGUUCCUGGGUUUCCAGUUUAUGGGGUGGCAAAUCCAACAAUUGAUGGAAUUCGAUCAGUUAUUCGGAGGAUCGGCAGUUUUGAAGGUGGUCGCCCUGUUUUUUGGCACAACAUGAGAGAAGAACCAGUAAUUUACAUCAAUGGAAAACCAUUUGUUCUUCGUGAGGUUGAAAGACCUUAUAAAAACAUGCGGGAAUACACGGGUAUUGAUCGUGAGAGAGUUGAGAGAAUGGAAGCUCGUUUAAAGGAAGACAUCCUUCGAGAAGCUGAACAUUAUGGAGGUGCUAUAAUGGUUAUUCAUGAAACAAAUGAUGGACAGAUAAUUGAUGCUUGGGAGCAUGUGAAUUUUGAUGCUAUUCAGACCCCACUUGAGGUUUUCAAAAGCUUGGAGGCUGAUGGUUUUCCCAUAAAAUAUGCCCGUGUGCCCAUCACUGAUGGUAAAGCUCCCAAAAGUUCUGACUUUGACACACUGGCAGUGAAUAUUGCUUCUGCUUCCAAGGAUAAUGCUUUUGUUUUCAAUUGCCAGAUGGGUAGAGGAAGGACAACUACCGGUACAGUAAUUGCUUGCCUUCUGAAACUUCGAAUUGAUUAUGGAAGACCUAUAAAAAUCUUGCGUGAUGAUAUGGCCAAUGAAGAGGAUAAUGGUGGUUCUUCAAGUGGUGAGGAAACAGGAGGUAGUGUUGCUGCAUCAACCUCCUAUACUACAAAAGUAAGAUCUGAAAAGAAGCAAGGUCGGGUUUUUGGCAUAAAUGACAUCCUUUUGUUGUGGAACAUAACAAGAUUAUUUGAUAAUGGGGUGGAGUGCCGAGAGGCCUUAGAUGCUAUUAUUGAUAGAUGUUCUGCGCUGCAGAACAUACGACAAGCGGUUUUGAAAUAUAGAAAGGUAUUCAAUCAACAACAUGUUGAACCUAGGGAAAGGAAGCUUGCAUUGAACCGUGGUGCUGAGUACUUGGAGCGGUACUUCCGUUUAAUUGCUUUUGCAGCAUAUCUCGGAAGUGAAGCAUUUGAUGGGUUUUGUGGGCAAGGAGAAUCCAGAAUGAAAUUUAAGAAUUGGUUGCAUCAGAGACCAGAGGUCCAAGCAAUGAAAUGGAGCAUAAGAUUAAGACCUGGGCGAUUUUUCACUAUCUCUGAGGGGUUGAGAGUACCGCAGGAGUCCCAACAUGGUGAUGCGGUGAUGGAUGCCCUUGUUAAGUCCCGUAAUGGUUCUGUUUUAGGGAAAGGCUCUAUACUCAAAAUGUAUUUCUUUCCUGGUCAAAGAACUUCCAGCCACAUACAGAUUCAUGGUGCACCGCAUGUUUACAAGGUAGAUGGAUUCCCUGUGCAUAGCAUGGCAACUCCUACAAUUGCUGGGGCAAAAGAGAUGUUAGCAUAUUUAGGUGCCAAGCCUAAACCAGAAGGAUUAGUUGCUCCUAAAGUAAUAUUAACCGAUCUGAGAGAAGAAGCAGUUGUUUACAUCAAUGGCACACCAUUUGUCUUAAGAGAGCUAAAUAAGCCUGUUGAUAUGCUCAAGCAUGUGGGAAUCACUGGGCCAAUGGUGGAACACAUGGAGGCACGACUAAAAGAAGAUAUAUUAUCUGAGGUCAGACAGUCUGGUGGACGGAUGCUUUUGCAUCGUGAAGAAUAUAACCCGGUAAUAAAUAAAUCCAGUGUUAUAGGAUACUGGGAAAACAUUUUAGCAGAUAACGUGAAGACUCCUGCUGAAGUAUAUGCCGAUCUGAAAGAUGAGGGUUAUAAUAUUACAUAUAGGAGAAUACCAUUGACUAGAGAAAAAGAUGCUUUAGCUUCUGAUGUUGAUGCAAUCCAGUACUAUAACGAUGAUACUGCAGGGAGUUACCUUUUUGUAUCACACACCGGGUUUGGAGGAGUUGCAUAUGCGAUGGCAAUACUUUGCAUUAAACUCAGCACAGAGCCUAACUUUGGAUCUAAAAUUCCAGAGUCAUCGGUGGAUAUUAAACUACUUUCUGGGAAUGAAGAGAACUUGCCUCCUCAAGCUUCUGAUGCAGAAGCUCACGAGAUGGGUGAUUACCGUGACAUACUAAGCCUUACAAGAGUACUUGUGCAUGGUCCCCAAAGCAAAGCAGAUGUUGACAUCAUUAUUGAAAGGUGUGGGGGUGCAGGGCAUUUACGGGAUGAUAUUCUCUAUUACAGUAAGGAACUUGAGAAGUUCCCAGAUGGUGAUGACGAACACCGAGCUUACCUCAUGGAUAUGGGUAUUAAGGCUUUAAGGCGGUAUUUUUUACUCAUCACCUUCAGGUCCUACCUUUACAGCACUUCUACGGCCGAGAUAGAAUUCACGUCAUGGAUGGAUUCAAGACCUGAACUUGGACAUCUAUGUAAUAACCUUAGAAUAGACAAAUGAUUUUCAGACUUAUAGCAAAAUGCUCUGAUAUUUUAGUUCAUGUAAGCUGGUUGGUGCCUUGAAAAGGUAAUUUUUCCUUCUGGCAAAA